UUGGCGUGUCGACCUUUGUCCUCCCGUCCCGGGUUCUAUUCCAACUUCAUUGCCUUUUUUUUUUAAGUAUAGUGAGCGAAUCUCCACCGUAUCACUCACAUGCUCACUUUCUCCUCCCACUCACUCAGAUGGUGGUGUGAUCUAUUUAGGGCUGUCCGGAAUCUAUGUACAGUUUCUAUAACCCGUGAUCUCCUAGGGAAGUCAAACCUGCAAGGCUCCAGCAUGCCGAGACUCUAACCCACACACGACCGACAGGAAACCCGGCACCCUACAUGCCUCCAUGGGGAACACAAGUUUUUCGGAAGGGAAGACUGCCCUGUCUGUGGGCGGCUCUUCAAUAGCCAGAGGCAAGACUUCCAUCACCAUGGGCAAGUCCUCCAUCACCCGUGGUGUCACCACCACCUCAAUGGGGGAAUCCUCUAUUACCAGAGACAAGACCACCAUCUCUUUGGGCAGAGCCAGCUUCAGCAGGGGCAAAACUUCCACCUCUUUCCGCAACGCCCUCAUGCCGAAGCGCAGGACCAAGUAGAUGGAAAGGAGAAGCAAAAACGUUGACACCAGGGCAAAGACUUUAAAAGCAAGAACGACAGAGACAGAUACACAGCAAGAGAGGCCAGGGGAGAGUUUCAAAGAGUCAAAGGCGAAGGGAUUCCUGUUGUCGAGAAAAACCUGCUUCACAAAAGGGAAAAUCAAACUGAUGAAAAGCAAGAAGGCCAUUUCGUGGGGGACGACGGCCGUUUCCAAGACCAAAACCAAACUGAGGAAGGGAGAGACUGCAUUUGUGGUGGGUACAACUACAAUCACUCACAGGGAGACCACUAGUUCUUUGAGCAAGGCCACUUUGAGUCAAGGAGAGAAAUCUGUGACUGUGGUCAAAACGUCCAUCAAAAGAGGCAAGGAGUCUCAAUGGAACCUCUACUGGGAUUUUAAUCUGUGACAAAUGUAACCAUAAACAGUGUACGUGCUCAAAGACUUUGUUCUAGACCGUUCAAGCAGGUUUGUCAUUUUGUGUGAUGCAAGUGUUUGCCAGGUUGCUCUAGAAUUGUACACAGUGCAUUCUAGAGGCAAAAUGUAGAUGUACUUUAAAUUGGUUUGGAAAUGAGUAUUACAUCUUUGCCCCAGAUAUGGAAUACGAUUGAACAUGAUAAAAGAUUUGUCUACGAAAGGAUGGUUUUCAUUUACUGAGCAUGUAGAGAAUUUGCACUUGUGUGUGUGUGAGAGAAAGGGUGUUGCCGCCAGGACUGUGUCAUGAGUGAUGUAUGUUGGCACAGCUGGUGUGUUGCUCACAUGCACAAGGCUGUCAGUUGGAAACGGAUACAGAAUGCAAGACUGUGUGUUUGGAAAGAAAAUUCUCAGUAAAUGAAAAAUGCUACUAAUCUAAAUCUACUAAUCGUACAAGCAUAGCCUGACAUAAUAACUGAUCAUUCAUUUGUUGCUUCUAUUAAUGUAGCAUAAAUAAACAAAUAUAACAAAGAAGUUAAAAUGAUUGUCAAUAAAUAGAUUGCAAAAUG